AUGAGUUGGUUUGGUUGGUUCGAGUCGUCCGGUGGAGAUGAAGAGGUCCAGAAAACGGCACAGCUUGGCAAUCGGAGGCGACCGGGGCGACCCAUUCGCGCACACAACGCGAGCAUUGAAGGUCACCCUGCGCCCGGCUAUGAAGCCAGCCCUGCCUUGAGCAGAUCGUUGAAGGUCGCCACAGCGCCAGGCCGGCAGCAAGCUGAACGUGUUUUUGUGAGGGUGUACGACCUUGGGAACACCUUCCUGACACGUUGGCCCAAUGCGGUGGCCAAAGGCUAUGGUGCGUUCCAUUCUGGAGUCGAAGUUUACGGCAUGGAAUGGUCGUUUGGCAUGACUGCUGACAACUGGUCCACGGGAGUUGCAGCCAACUUGCCAGGGCACCAUCCAGACCAUUGCUUUCGAGAAACUCUGUCAAUGGGCUGCACCAGCUUGUCCAAGGGCCAGGUCACAGAGAUCAUUCGAGAAAUGACGGUAGAGUGGAAGGGCCGGACUUACGAUGUACUAUCCCGGAACUGUCAUCAUUUCUCAGAUGAACUUUGCCGGCGCCUGGGGGUGGCACCACUGCCAGAUUGGGUGAACAAGCUUGCAGGAACAACGGCUUCUGCAGCUGGAAUGAUCGAAGGCGUUUCGCAAAGCACGGGAAAGAUGGCAUCGGACGUGGCUUGGCUUUUCACAUCGGCUGCCGGCGGCGUGUACAGUUUGGUUGCACCGACGUCUGCAGAGGAGACGUUGCACCAACGUGCAGGUGUGGACGACUUUGAGCUGGUGAGGCGUGGAUCUGCCCCUGCUGAACUCUGGCGACGCGAACGAUGA